AUGAAUACUUCUAUAUAUCCAGAUUCAAAGACGGCGGUGUCGCUGACAGGUCCCACAGGGGCUUUUCUGGUCGAGUUGCUGAUCUGGAACGGGUCGCCCUUCAAAGAUCACUGGGCGCACUUUGUUCGGUCGCAUGCAGACCCUGAUGUCGGCGUAAAGAUACACGCGACCGGCAAUGUGAGAAGUGGCUUCGAGUUUGAAAUUAAGCGCAGUGAAAACUUGCAAACAACCGACGACAUUCCGUCGACAAGAGUCCCGCUACAAUGGGUUGAUGCAAGUUAUUUUGAUGGGAAGGCUAUGCUUAACGAUGGAGAAUACAAAAUCGACAAUGCGCCUGUCUGUCGCUUCGAGAGGAGUGCUUACCAGAUCAAAACUCCAGGGAAAAGUCUGAACACAAUUAGUGACGAUGUGAGUCUCUAA